CGGCGGCAGAGCCCUCCUGCAUGACAGCGUUGCCGGGAAAGUACGGAAGAGUCCCGUAUGACGCCUGCAAGUUCAACAACAGCUUUGAGCCAGAGUUUGCGGCCAACUGCGCCUUCGCAGUGUUAUUUGGGCUGACCCUGGGCGCCCACUUGGUGCAAGCCGUGACCUGGAAAAAGCGAUUCUGCUGGGUAGUGACCAUGGCGGCCGCAUGGGAAUGCACCGCGUUCGCCCUCAAAUCGGCCGGCGCGAGGGACCAGCAAAAUCAGAUCUACGCCAUACUUGGCCGGCCAGCUUUUCUUCCUCCUCGCGCCCUUGUGUACGUAUCUCAUCCUCAAGGGACCCUGUAUCUAACUAACGGACUCGAUGCAGGGGUGAAUGCUUUCGUCUACAUGACCAUCUCCCGACUCGUGUACUACGUCUUGCCGGACCGCAGCAUCUGGAACCUGAAAGCCACCCAACUGACCAAACUCUUCGUCUGGAUCGACGUGCUGUGCUUCCUCGUGCAAGCCGGCCGCGGCAGUCUCCUGUCGGGCGAUGACACGGAGAUGAUGCGCAUCGGACAGUACAUCUACGUUGCCGGCUGCGCUGCGCAGCUGUUCUUCAUCGUCAUCUUCUGCGCACUGAUGGGUCGGCUGUACGUCAGGAUGCGCGAGGCUCAACGCUUCGACCUCGGGAUGACGCUUGUAAAGUCGCUCUUCUGGGCCUUGCUUGCCGUGCUCAUCUUCAUCAUGAAGAAGGCGAUGAAUUUGUCGCACGUUAAAGAGGCCCAACGAUCGUCAGACACUUUCGAGAUGAAUGAGGCGUCGGAACGAGGCGAUGGUCAUGCAGUCUAA